CGAGCCGGAUCGUUAGCCCUUCAGCCCUCAAUCAAAAGAAGUUCGCCACUCUGUUCCAGCAAGUCGUUCGCAGAAGAUCGCCGAAAACAAAAUAACAACGAGAGAGAUCACAGCGCCCGGGCAAUCGGAAGCUGGAUAUUAACCGGGCGCUAAAGAAGGAAGCAUCAAUCACCAGAAAUUGUUUUUCCCCGCAGUGAGAAGAAGAAAAAAAUCCCAACAUAAUCGCCCGGCGAAAAGUGAUGUUAAUUUGGGCGUGUAAUUGAGAAUCUGGCCAAAAUGGAGCAAUACUCGACCGUUGGAUUGGAUCGCAUUAGUGGAUAUGGUCUGACAAUGAUGGAGAACUAUUUGCCGAAUUACUCGUCUGACACGUCUCUGUACCGAAGCUUUGGCUCAUCGGGCGACACCAGUCCGACGUUCUCGGGGGGUCACGAUGGAAGCGUAAGCUAUGGGUUAUCUACAUUCUCGGAAAUGAUAAUCGACGGCGAAAGCUUUGUUCCAGUGCAAACGGAUGACUAUUUGGAUCAGCGGCUUCCAGACACCGAAAGCCAACCAAUUGCCCCCAUUAUGGCGAAUGACUCAAUUAAGGGAGCUAGCCGAGCUAAUAAAACCAAGCGGCGCUCCGCUUGCUCCACCUCCAGCAGAACCUCGAAAGCACCGAAAGGGGAAUCCACGGACAGUAGAAAGAACCCCCUGACACCACCUAGCCCCACGGUGCUGAAAAAGCGACGGCUCGCGGCAAACGCGAGGGAGAGGAAGCGUAUGAAUAGUUUGAACGUUGCUUUCGACAGAUUGCGAGAGAUCGUACCGACACUCGGUCCAGAUCACAAGCUUUCCAAAUUCGAAACACUUCAAAUGGCGCAAACUUACAUUAACGCGUUGAGCGAUCUGCUGGAGCGAGGUGCCGACGAAACGACGUACAGUUUGUUCGAUUCCGAAACGUCCACAGCCAGUGAUAGUAACAAUAACCACGAUCGGGGCGGAGAGAUGGAAAUUCAACGAUUCUAUGAAGUGGAUUUCAUAUAAAACAAAAUCUAAUCUGUGGGAUUAUCAGUCUCUAAUUU